ACUACUUUUCUCCAAUUUACCCGAAAUCCUCCAUAGCCAAUAGCUUCACACAACAAAGAUUAGAAGAGAGAAACAAAUAGUUUUUUUUUUAAUUAUUAUUAUUAUUUAUUUCAAUUGAGAAAGAUCUAUUUUGUAUACAUAUAAAAUUAUGCCAUCAGGUUCCAAAAAGAGAAAAUCUUCCAAGAAAAAAAAGAAAUUAGGAGGAAAUAAUAAUAAUAAUAAUAAUAAUGUUCUACAAGUAUCAAGCUCACCUAUUGCUGUUAAUUCUCACUCUCAUGGUGAAGAGGAUUUGAAACACGGUGGUAAUAAAGAGACCGAUGGCGGGGAUGUAAGUUACUUGGCUUCUCAAGAUCACCAGUUCAAUGAUAAAGAGGGAACUAGGGAGAAGCAAUUGGAAAUUCCACAUAGUGAGUCGUCGAUUGAUAAUAACAAAUCAAAUGCAUUGGAAAAAAGAAGUAAUGAAGUGAAUAAAGUAGCAAUGGUAGAGGGAGGUAUCAUUCAGGUCGAAAGAGAAUUGAAGCUUGAGGAUGAAUCUAUGAGAAAUAACAUUAACAUUGAGCGUGUUGAACCCGCGAAAUUCCCUCGUGAAGGAGGCUUACGAAGAAGGUCAAGUAGCAGCGGCAAACCUUCUAUGUCGGAGGACAUAGUUCAGGCUGCCACUAGCGCUUCAGAUAUUGAUAAUGAGGCCUUUGGAUCAUCGGAGAAGGAAAAUGAAAAGAGAGAAUUGGGCGUUAUGGAUGAGAAAACCAGAAAGUUAAACGUUGUUGCGGAUACAGGAUUAGAGAAAAGGGACUAUAAAGCUGUAGCAACUUCAAAUGCAAAGCCCUUCAAGGCUGUAAAAGAUGACGAUAAACUAGAGAUAUCGUACAAUGUGCCUGUAGUUGAUGCUAGUGUUCGUGCAAACAACAUGGAAGGUUCUACCCAUGAGCAUCAGCCACUAGUAGCUUUGGAUCGACGACCAGUGCAAACAACUUCCUGGAAGAGUUGCUGUGGCUUGUUUGAGGUGUUUGCAGGAUCGAAUAAAUAACUUCAGAUUUGAGAUGCAUUAUGAUUCCAAGCAAAACGUUUUUUUCGUGAUGCAGAGGAGAGUCAUGUGAAGGUUGAGUUAUACAAUCUAUGUUUCUGUUAUCCUUGUUUUAUCAUAAGCAGCUCGACAUCACUCCGUUGUUUCUUGCUACUGCUUUACGUGCUUUCUGCUGUCGUUAGCUUAUUUGCGCGAUGGAUCCAGUAAUAGAGAUGGUGAAAUGUUCCUUUAGUUGCCUGGGAAACUUGUUGGUUAGAAUUUUUUGUUGUUGUUGUUGAUAGUUUUAACCAGCAGAUAUAUAUACUUGUGGUAAAGCUUUGGUUUAGUUGAACAUAUGAUUCCCAAUCUA